AUGGCGGAUUCUCCCGCGCAAGUGCUUGGUCAAGGCGUCGGCUGGGCCGUCGUUGUCGGCCUCGGUUUCGCCUUCGCCGGCCUGAUGAUGCUCAUUACGCUCAUCCAGGACCGGCUUACCGAUCACGACUCGAAGAAUGUCGAAGAAUUCAAUAGCGCAAGCCGCUCCGUCAAGCCAGGUCUCGUCGCAGCUGGUAUUGUGUCUGCGUGGACGUGGGCCGCGUCGCUGCUGCAGAGCUCCGUGAUGACCUUCAACUACGGUGUGUCGGGAGCAUACUGGUACGCGGCCGGCGCCUCGUUGCAAAUUUUCCUGUGUGCCGUUAUGGCCUGCAAAAUCAAGACCUGUGCGCCAUUCGUGGCGACCUAUCUGCAAGUGGUCCGCAUCCGCUACGGCAAAAAGGUGCACGCGCUGUUUGUCGCCUUCGCGCUCGUCACCAACCUGCUCGUCUCGUCGCAGCUCGUGCUCGGUGGCGCAGCGGUCGUCACCGAGCUCACCGGCCUUCAUGUCCUUGCCGGUGUCUUUUUGAUUCCCACGAGUGUCGCGGUGUACACAGUGACGGGUGGUCUGCGUGCGACGUUCAUUGCCGACUACUCGCACACGAUCGGACUCUUCGUCAUUAUCCUCUACUUCUUCUUCUCGAUCUGGACCGGAAACGGGAAGAUUGGCAGCCUGGAGAAGAUGUCCGAGAUGCUCACGGCCAGUGCACAGGCCAACCCGGUCGAGGGCAACGCGGGCGGCUCGUACCUCACGAUGCGCUCCAAGCACGGCCUCAUCUUUGGCGUGAUCAAUAUCUGUGGUAACCUCGCGACCGUGUUCUGCGACCAGUCGUACCACCAGCGCUCGAUUGCGUCGCUGCCCACGACCGCCGCCCGCGGUUUCCUGCUGGGUGGCAGUGCCUGGUUCCCGAUUCCCUUCCUUUUUGCCACUACAAUGGGCCUCGCUGCACGCGCACUCAUGGGGACCGACCCGACCAUGGCAAAGCUCACUGAGCUGCAGAUCACUUCGGGACUUCCUGCGCCCUCGGUCGCGGUCGCAAUGUGCGGCAAGGGCGGUGCGGUCGCCGUGCUGAUUCUCAUCUUCUUGGCGGUGACUUCGGCGACGUCCGCGCAGCAGAUUGCCGUCUCGUCCGUCUUUACCUUUGACCUGUACAAGGUGUACUUUAAGAGCGAUGCGAGCGGCAAGCACAUCCAACUGGUCUCGCACGCCGUCGUGCUGGUCUGGGCGCUGAUCAUGGCCAUCUUUGGUUUGAUUUGGAACUAUGCCGGCAUCUCGCUCGGCUGGCUCUACCUGAUGAUGGGCAUUAUUGUCUCUCCUGCCGUCUUCCCCAUCUUUGGUACAUUGACGUGGAAGAAGACGAACCCCGCGGGAUGUGUGACCGGCAUGCUUGUCGGUCUAAGCCUCGGUAUCCUGAGCUGGCUCGUGACGGCCUACGCGCUGUACGGCGAGGUGACGAUCGCCACGACCAACAAGCAGUACCCCACGCUGGCGGGCAACCUCGUGUCGAUUUGUGUCUCGACCAUCAUCACCAGCGUCUGGAGUCUGAUCUCGCCGCAGAACUACAACUUUGCGGCCACGCGUGCGUUCAACGCGCCGGAGGACGCACUUGCGGAGCCGGACAUGCCGGUGCUGCUCAAGGACGGCUCCGGUACGGCUACCCCCGAGGAUCUCGACAAGGCCGAAAAGUCUUGCGCCACCUCGAUGCACUACCGCGACCCCGGCGAGGACAACAUUGAAUACGUCCGUGCCGCUGGUCUCGAUCCUGCGGUGAUUGACCAAGCGGCGAAGCGUGUCAUUUGGAUCUCGUCCAUUACCUCGUUUAUUCUGGUGGUUCUCAUACCGGCAGUCGCGACAUCGGAGCGAAUUUGGAAACCAGCUGGUCUGGGUGCGUGGGUCUGGCUCGGUUUUGUGUGGCUCUUGUACUCUAUCGCUACGGUGGGUAUUCUGCCGCUAUGGGAAGAUCGUGCCGAGCUUUGGGUCGUGCUGAAAGGCGCGGUUCACUUUGGGAAGAAGGAUGCCUAA